CAUUACUCUAGUUCUCAGGGAUUGGUAAUGAUGCAGUAGUGUUUGUUGUUAGCCGUGAGAAAGAAGUUAACGUAUACAUUUAAAAUACAUUUGUUUAUAUUUCUAUAUAACAGAGAUGCAGGGAGGUAUGCAAAAUGAGGCGAUUAUUUGUCGUCUCUUUUUGCGGAACAGAUGCAGUCGAGGUGACGCAUGCCCAUUUUAUCACCCUGAAUAUAAUCUCAAUCCAGAGAGCCCUUCAGUGGCAUGGCUGAAUUUCUGUCAAGAUUUCAAAAGGGGUCAGUGUUUUCGUCAGGACUGUAAUUUUUUCCAUGUAAACAGUGAAGAAGAAGAAACUUACAGGCUUAGGAAAGAUAUAGCUCCCACUCUUCUUGAGCAGGCUAUGCGAAAGGCAUUACUUUUUGAUGUGGCACUAACCGGAACCCGAGCUACUUGUAAAGCUUUUUUGCAGGGGGGGUGUUCUCUGCCAAUGUGCCCUUACCGUCACAUAACUCGCCACGAAUUUGCCAACGAAGUCCUUAAUACCCUUCGAAAUGAAUUUGAAAUUGUGUUAGGACAGUCGGGCACUGAUAUUCCAGGAUCCCAGCAAAUUCAAGGUAGAAACAAUUCACAAAUUAUGGAUCCCAUGAUGCAAGGAAUGGGCCAAGGCUCAGUUCAAGGAAACAAGAACAUCACAGAAACUCUUGAAGAGAAAGUGCAAAGGUUAGAACAAGAGAAUGAGAAUAUAUACAGGGCUCUGGACCCUGAACAAAAAGCCAAAAGCCUUGGGGAGAUUCGAUCAAGGCUUAUGACUCUUCAAGCAGCUUUGCAGUGGAAGGAUGAAAAUGAUACAAACAAAGGGGGUUUUGUUGAUGAUGGACUUCCUCCAGGAAUGGCAGUUGUAAAUUAUGACCACAGCAAUUCAAAUUUCCAGGAGCCUAGCAUUGAUUUCAUGCGAAGAAAUGUCAUGCAGGUGCAGCCGAUGUUUGGAAGAGGUGAUGGAGUUUUGGGGAAUCCAGAGAUGACUCGAGAUAAUUAUGACAAUACACCCAUGGAUCUUGAGCAAAGAGAUAAUCCAGACCGUUUAGAUAAAGAGAGUGACUGCAAACUCUUCAUAGGAGGUUUAAACAGUGUUACAGAUACAGCAACACUCAGAAAUUACUUUUCAAGAUUUGGUGAACUUGUUGAUGCUGUUGUUAUGGAAGACAAGAAGGCCAGGAAGUCUAGAGGAUUUGGCUUUGUUACAUAUGCAAAAAUAUUUAUGGCUGAAAAUGCAUUUCGAAAUGGACCUCAUACUAUUGAUGGAAAAGUUGUGGACACAAAAUUUGCAAAGCCAAGAAGUGAUGAUGGCCGAGGAUCAUCUCCCAAGCGAGGUUCAUCUCCUAGGAGGUCUAAUCGGGAUAGGAGUCCUGAUAGGGGUGAAAACAGAAUUCCAAAGAUUUUCGUUGGUGGAUUGUCUGAGGGUAUAACAACUGAAGUUUUACGAAAUUAUUUCCAACCUUAUGGUUCAAUUGUGGACUGCAUUUCAAUGGUAGAUCUCAAAACAAGGCGCCAUAGAGGAUUUGGCUUUGUUGAAUUUAAAGAUUGGGAAUCUACCAACAUGGUAUUGGCAGAUGUUCCUCACAGAAUACUUGGAUGUCUUGUAACAGUUGAUAGGCCAAUGCCACGUGACAAAAAGGAUCCUCAGUCUUCACGAAGUGGUGGAAGUGGCGGCGGUGGUGGUGGUGGUGGUGGCGGCAGCGGCGGCAUGGGUGGCAUCGGCGGCGGCGGCGGUGGAGGUGGAGGUGGGAAUGGAAGUGGUAGUAGUGGUGACGAUUCUUCCAAGAUGUUUGUUGGUGGACUUAGUUUUAGUACAAAUGAAAGGGCUCUUCGAGAACAUUUCAGUCGAUUUGGCAAGGUUAAGGAAGCAAAAAUUAAUCGGGACGGCAAGGGGGCAUCCAAAGGUUUUGGAUUUGUUGUCUUCAGUGACUCCUACAUGGUAGAAGAUGCAAUGGACAGUGGGCCACAUGAGAUUGAUGGGCGCCGUGUUGAUACAGGCUAUGCUUCAAAACGUAAUGAAAAAAAAUCUGGUGGGGAUUCUGGUAGAAACCGGCGUGAUCGUCGCAGGAGUCCUGAUCGAAGUGGAGAUAAACCAAAAGUUUCAAGGGAAGAUGCAUGCAAGUUAUACAUUGGGCAGAUAACGAAUUCAAUAAAUGAAGAUGAUCUGGAGAGAUAUUUUUCAAGCUUUGGAGAUAUAAGAAAGGUUGAAAUUAAAUCUGCACCUAAGAGCAAGUCAGGAUAUGGUUUUGUGACAUAUGAAGAACCUGAAAUGGUGGACAGUGCUAUAGAGGCAGCACCUCAUGAGAUUAAUGGGUGUUCCAUAGAAGUAGGAAGGGCAGUGAGUAAAGGAGAUCGAAAUGACAGAAAUUCUAGGGAUGAAGCCCGUAGAGGAAACCGGAAAUCAAAAAAUGAUAAGGAUCAAGACUCAUCUGCCACUGGGUCAGGGGAGCAAUGUACAAUGUUUGUUGGAAACUUGAGUGAGGAAGCAAACGAGGAGACACUUUAUGAUUAUUUUUGUAAGUAUGGAGAGAUUAAAGAGGCACGGAUAACCACAGACUCCAAAGGUACCUCGAGAGGAUAUGGCUUUAUUAGAUUUGCAGAGGGAGGUUCUGUUCAAGAGGCCAUUGAUGAUGGUCCGCAUGAGAUUGAUGGGUGUGUCUUAAAGGUUGGAUCAGCUCACUCCAAGGGACAGGAUAAGAGAAAUAUUGAACUUAAGAAUUUGCAUCGUGCUGCAAGGACUGCCUUUACACGAUGUCGUAGACAUCGGACAGAGGAAAGUUUAAUAGAAUACAAAAAAUGUAGAUCCCAGUUCCGCAGAGCAUUGAAAGAAGCCAAAGAACUGAAUGGUGAUAUAAAACCAUUGUUUCUUCCAUAAACGUUAGAACUCUUUCUUCUGCUCUAAGGAACAGUGAGAGAGCUGGGAGGCAGGCAACGAGGUAGAAGUCCAAGCUCUCCAUCACUGUCUGCAAAGAAGAAAGCUGAAAAGAGAAGUCAUUUGGACUGAAGACAAUGAGUGAUCAGCGGUUAUUAAUAUGUCUGACCACCAUUUUUCUUUUUAGUUUUCAUGUAGUGAUGACAUUAAUGUCUGAAUUUCUUAUUAAUUAAAACCAGAAUCAUGUGCACAUGAAGAAUGUCACUGGUAUUUUAUUGAUUUUAAUGAAAAAAGAAGUUGUGCUUUCAUUAUGUUAUUUGUUUCUUGUUCUAUUGACAUCAUUCAAGAAGUUAGAAUUAUCAACACUGUUUUCAUUUUAUAAUUUAAAUAUUGUUCAUACAGUAUUAACAUUAAAUCUGUACUAUCAUAAUUUUCAUUUUGGCACAAGGGACACUUCCAAAGUUUCAGGAGUCAUUCAGUUUUAUUACUAAGUCAAAGGUGAUCAUAAUUGCUAUAUUGAUAAAUGAAUUGAAAGUUAUAAGAUUAAGAAUUCUAACCUUGUAAGUGCAGAGCAAAUAGAGUUCGAGACACAUUGCUGCUGUUUAAUAUUAGGUAUUCCUGCCAGCAUUCCUACCCAGCAGUGCCAUUUCCCAUGCAUAGACAGUGAUGUACAUGGUGUCAAUCAGAUAAAUGUACCAGUUCUCACUGCUAUUUUUCAAAGUUUCUGUAUAAAAUAUUAAUAAUAUAAAAUAAAACCCAUUAGUAUACUUAUAAUUGGCUAAUUUUAUGGCUGGAAAAUGAGCUACUUAUAGGUCAUGGGUAUGAUGUCAAACAAAUAUUGAUGAAAUUGGAGUAUAAAAUAGUAUAUAUUUAUCAUUGAAUUAUUGUAGUAAAGAUAAAUUUUAGGCUCCUUUUGUUUUUGCUCUGUGCUAGUGUUUGUUACUUGGAGAACUCUGGUUUUAAUACAGUAUUUUUGUGUAGCAUAAUUCUACAAUUCAUGGGUGGAUGUCAUAUGUUUAAGUUUAAGUAAGUUUGUGUUUUUAGUCCUAGUAUAAAGGUAUUAUAAUUUAGAGUGAUACACCAGUGUAAAUUGUCCACAUAAUCACUUAAAUGUGACCAACAGUAGAAACAAAAGUGCAAAGUACUAGUAAGUGAUGGUGAAUUAUAAAAGUUCAGAAAAUGAAAGAUGCAGUAUGAUUAUGUAGUUAUUUACUGACAAGAAAGAUUAGGCAUAGCAUUAAAUAUGUAAUACAGACCCAUAACAUGUCAUAUAAAGCAACAAAUUUUGAAGAUUAAAGCUAAGUUGUGGAUAUGGUCUUUCAUUCAUUUAGAAAAUAUAUUUUAAUUAAGAUACUGACACUAAGCGCAUUCAUUAUAGUGCUGUAAUAAAUUAUAGUAGUUUA